GUCAUCAUCAAUCCACCCCAAGAAAAAUUUUAGCAAAAGAAAAAAUCAGUGAUAAAAUGCCUUAUCAUAUCAUAAAAUAUGUCAAUGUCAACUGCAUCUUCCACCUAUAGUGAAUUUAAAGAUAAAGAAGUCCAAACCGUAAUUAAAGUAUUUCCAUUCGUACUACCGUCUUUUGUGAAUAGAGCCUCGGUAACAGCAGGCAAAAAAGUUAGUACGUCCGUCAUAGCGGAUCCUUCGCCGGUCAACUAUCAAUUCUAUCACCUUCUACAAUAUUGCCCGUACCACGACAUCCAGCUCGACAGCUUACGAGUGAUAGACUUGCCAAGAGAAACUAGACUACAAUUUAAUACACGAACAUUUUCCGAAGAAACUUUGAAGAGAAUUUCUUUGGCUGACGACGAUGGCGUAGCUGAAGUGUGUGACGACUUAUUGUUAAGGCUGAGAACUGGAAACAGAUCAACUUUUAGGGAAACUGCUACGCAAACAGAUUUAACGCAAAGAACCGUCCACCUUAGUCCAGAACAAGUGUCCGAAGUCUACGAAAAAUAUUACGGAACUCCUACGUUUCCUCAUAUGGUGGUUACAGUAAGUGCCGCACCAAUUUUGGUACUUUCGUUGCAAGCGUUGAAGGCAGUGGAAAAAUGGAAAACUAUGAUUGGUCCAGCGGGUACUUUGCGCGAAGAGUGGUUCUUUCCUCGCAGCGUCAGAUACAGGUUCGGGUUAUUGGGGGAUUUCCCUAAUGCUUUGCAUGGUUCUGAAGGUGCUAAUGAUGCCAGGAGAGAAAAUCGAUACUUUUAUCCAAGAGAUAUACAAGAGCCAUUGCCAUUUGAAGCAGCCAAAGUUAAAGAUUAUAUUACUACUUUCAUAAAGCCGAUUUUACUAAAAGGUUUGGCUGAAAUCGUACACAAAAAGCCAAUAGAUCCAGUUAUAAGUUUGGCGGAAUGGUUGCUUUUACAUAAUCCUAACCAACCGGAGGUUGCUGAUUUUAUUGCAUUAACACCAACAUAAAAAGAAUAUUUUGUAUUUAUAUAUUUUUUAUAUUUUGGCUAAUAUAAUAACAAUCAAACAAAAAUAAUUUUGAAUUUAUGGACACAUAUUGACCUUAUGGCAUAAUUUUCCAUCAGGAAUAGUCUGCAGCAGAGUCAUCCAUUUUUGCCAAUUAAUGUUAACUUCUGCAUGGCACUACAACACAAUUGAUUUAUUUGAAUUUAAUUAACAUCUCAAUUGAACUACUUACAAUAGAUCCAAAUUCCAGAGGCAGUAUGUCGCAAAUUUUGUUGAUUCCAGCAUGAACUCUGGUCUUAAAAUUUGGUAUUUUGAAGAUGAACUUCACCAAAUGGCUUAUACCUUUACAGGCUUCGCAUCGAUCACUAGCUGAAAUAUACAGUAAACAUAUUUUAUUAGGUUGUCAAUAAGUUAUGAUUCUUCACUCACCAUUGUUAUUGUCGUCAUAUAUUUGCCUUGCAUGACACAUCUCAAUGGUCUGACAAACUUGAGCUUCUUGAAAAUGUUCCAAAGUGCCUAACCAUGUCAGCCAAUGUGUACGAAUUUCGCUA